AAAUGUGAAUGAACUUGCAUGGUAUUACACUGAGGAAUUGAAGGACUAAGUGUUUGGACUGUUAUAUACAUACACCCGCAUGAACAUGUUGCUGAAAGGAGAUGAGGAAACGAAUCAGUAGUUUAUGCUUAGUUUAAAACACAGGUUCCAAACCUUUUCCUGGAGGGCCCCCAGCAGUACUCAAUUUGGAUGUCUCCCAAAUCAAACACAGCUGAUUAAACUCGUCAGCUCAUUAGUAGAAUACUCCAUGACUUUAAAUGGGUAUGAGGGAGACAUCCAAAAUGUGAACUGUUGGGACUCCAGGAACAGGGCUGGAAAUGACUGCGCUUUGAUGGCUGAAUGGUAUUUCAUCAAUAGCGCUGCGUCACGCUGGGAAGGACUGACCUUCUGCAAAAAAACAGACCAUUUAUCAUCUGAGCUCACUAAAUGAAACACACAGUGUCAGUAUUCAUCACGGGCCAUUGAGUUAUUGGUUUGUUAAUCGAUUGACCAGUCACCACAUCUACAGGGCCACACAGCAGAAUAAACACUUAAACAUACAAAAUAAUUUAUUAUGCGCAUUUAUUAAACAAACGCUUGAAUAAACAAAGUGAAUAAUUAUAAGCAUUUAUUAAAAUGCUGAUUCUCCUUUGAUAGCGUACUGCAGCUCAAGCUACUCUCUCCAUCCACCGAUCAUUUUCCAGGCAUAAGCAAGGCUAACUCACGCUCCAAAACGCGCGCGCACGCACACGGUCGGUGCGCAUUUCCCCCCGUCUUUGCUGUAUGGAUACACGCGUGUCUAGUGUCACGGAAGGACAGCGUGACGGAUGCACACCUCUCCGUUUUGCUCGGAGAAGCAGAAGUGGCGGUACGACACCAUUGAUUCGCAGUACGGGAGGAUGGGUGGUUGGUGGGGGGCAUGCAACAGAGGACGCUCUAGUAAAUAUUUAUAUUGCAUGAUGAUAUGCGCGAGCAAAAGGAGGAGGUGUGUGUGCGCGAGUGUGUGUGAGGGGAGGAAGAGGGCUGAGAGAGCUAGAGGAGAGGAAGAGACCUCGAGCCACCCAGUUAUUAAUAUUAUUCCACACCGCUAAGUUUAGCAUUCAACACGUGUCGCUAGUGAUGGAGAGAGCGCGCGCGAGAGAAAGGCGUCCGGCGCGCCCGCGCGCGCGAGAGAGGGAGGUUGAGGGUUGACGGUUGCUAGGUGACGAAGCGCAUAUACUGAAUUUUAACAAAAGAGCGGAGAAAGAGGGAGAGAGAGAGGAGCUAGAGAGAGAGCGAGAGGAGGGAGCGGGAGAUUGGUGGAGAGAGUGUGUGUGAGAGAGAGAGAGCUCGCGAAGAUUGAAUACAUGUAGGAUAUAUAUUUCUAGGUGUAUUUUGGUUGGAGAAGCUGCAAAAAGGAUACAUCGAGGGGAAUGAUGUGAAGAGAAUGGAGGGACGAAAGGAGAGAGGGGGGACAGGCGUGUGAAAAACACAGCCUUCUUUGUACCCUCACGCGUGGCUUCCUCGUUUAUUGCCAUGGUCACAGUACCCACACUCUCUCUGUUAUUGGCCUUGGUACAAUGGGCUGGUCAGAGUAGCUCCUCCCCUCAUCUCUUGCUCCGGCCCCGAGAGCGUGAACGGGACCCGGUGGCAUCAAUGCACUUCAACAUCGCAGUGAUCCAUGCGGGCUCAACAGUUCAACAAGGGGAAGCAGGGGCUGCAGCAGCUGCGGGCAGGGUCCCAUACCCUGGCUUCGGACGUGUGCACAGCAGCUUUGGUGAGAGUGUCGUUACCCAGUGGGGAUCUGCAAACGUAAUCUGGCUCCAGGUGAAUGACAGCAGCCCCAGGACGCUGCUCUCUCAGCUGUGUGACUUGCUGGCAGCCAGGCCCCUUCAGGGACUCGUGUAUGAAGAUGAGAGACCCCUCCCUCUGGCCUCUGGCCCCCUGGCCCCCAUGCUGGAGUUUGUUUCGGCCCAGACCGGCCUCCCCAUCGUUGCUGUGGGAGGGGGAGCAGGUCUGGGCAGGGUACCACAGGAGACCGGCUCAAUCUUCCUGCAGUUCAGCUCUUCCACCACACUCCAACUGGAGGUGAUCUUUGAGGUGCUGGAGGAGUACGAUUGGACGGCCUUCUCGGUGGUGUCCACACGUCACCAUGGCUACCAGGACUUCCUGUCAGUAGUGGAAGGUUUGACCGACGGGUCAUUCAUCGGCUGGGAGAAGAAGAGCAUAGUGAUGUUGAAUUUAACUGAUGACCCAGGAGGAGCACGUGCACGACGGCUACUGAAAGAGAACGAAGCACAGGUGCGGUUGUUGUACUGCUCUCAAGAGGAAGCAGAACAGGUGUUCCACGCUGCUUGGGCAGCUGGUCAGGCCAGUGCCUCUCACAUAUGGUUCGUAGUGGGUCCGGCUCUGUCAGAGCUGGGCCUGACCGGACUUCCCAAUCGACUGUUUGCGGUCAGACCGCAGGGCUGGAGGGACGAACCCCGCCGUCGUAUCGCCCGUGGGGUGUCCAUCCUUACCCACGGAGCUGUAGCAUUGCGGAAAGACUAUGGAGCCACUGGAGGGCCACACUUUGUCACUAACUGCCAGACAGAAGGCAACGGAACACAGAGGAUUCGCGGUAGAAUGAAGUAUUUCAGUAACAUCACACUCGGUGGGCGGGACUAUUCGUUCAGUAAUGAGGGCUACCUGGCCAAUCCCUUUCUGGAUGUCAUCUCCUACACGUCUGGGAGUGGCUGGGAAGACGUGGGAUGGUGGGAGAACGGGGUGUUACGUCUGCGGUAUCCUGCUUGGUCUAGAUAUAGCCCCUUCCUGCAGCCGCCCGAUGAUGCUCAGCACCUGAGGGUCGUGACCCUGGAGGAGCGGCCCUUCGUUAUCGUGGAGCUAGCAGACCCUUCCUCUGGAACCUGCAUUAGGGACUCCGUGCCAUGCAGACGGCCUCUCAAUGCCAGUGCACUUCAAGAAGGGGUGGCACCCAUGAAACAGUGCUGCAAAGGAUUCUGCAUCGACAUCCUUAAGCGACUGGCCAGAAUUGUCGGCUUUACCUAUGACCUCUACUUGGUGACCAAUGGGAAACAUGGAAAAAAGAUUGAUGGAGUUUGGAACGGGAUGGUGGGAGAGGUUGUGUACAAGCGGGCAGACAUGGCGAUCGGCUCUCUCACAAUCAACGAGGAGAGGUCAGAGGUCGUGGACUUCUCUGUGCCCUUUGUUGAGACGGGCAUCAGUGUCAUGGUCUCUCGCAGUAAUGGAACCGUGUCUCCCUCUGCAUUUCUUGAGCCGUACAGCCCUGCUGUGUGGGUGAUGAUGUUUGUAAUGUGCCUGACCGUGGUGGCAGUGACGGUUUUCAUCUUUGAGUUCUUCAGUCCAGUGGGGUACAACCGUAGCCUUCAGAGUGGCAAGAAGGCCGGAGGUUCUAAGUUCACAAUAGGGAAGUCAAUCUGGCUUCUUUGGGCUCUGGUUUUUAAUAACUCCGUUCCAGUGGAGAACCCCAAAGGAACCACUAGCAAGAUCAUGGUUCUUGUCUGGGCUUUCUUUGCUGUCAUCUUCCUUGCUAGCUACACUGCCAACCUGGCUGCCUUCAUGAUCCAAGAGGAAUACAUCGACACUGUGUCUGGUCUCAGCGAUAAAAAGUUUCAGCACCCCACAGAGGAGUACCCCCCUCUGAAAUUUGGAACUGUCCCUAACGGAAGCACAGAGAAAAACAUCCGCAGUAACUAUCCAGACAUGCACCAGUACAUGAUCAAAUACAACCAGAAAAGUGUGGAGGAUGCCAUCUCCCACCUCAAGACUGGUAAGCUAGAUGCCUUGAUCUAUGAUGCGGCUGUAUUGAACUACAUGGCUCGUAAAGAUGAAGGCUGUAAAGUAAUGACCAUCGGCUCAGGGAAAGUGUUCGCCACGACUGGUUACGGCAUCGCCCUGAUCAAGAACUCCCGCUGGAAACGGCCACUGGACCUGGCCUUACUGCAGCUGGUGGGCGACGAUGAGAUCGAGAUGCUAGAGCGUCUCUGGCUCUCAGGGAUCUGUCAUAAUGAUAAAAUUGAGGUGAUGAGCUCCAAACUAGACAUAGACAACAUGGCUGGUGUGUUCUAUAUGCUGCUGGUGGCCAUGGGCCUAAGUCUGCUGGUCUUCGCCUGGGAACACCUGGUUUACUGGAGGCUGCGGCACUGCAUGAGCAAAAUGGGCCAAUCCGGCAAACUGGACUUCCUACUGGCCUUCAGCAGGGGAAUGUAUAGCUGCUGCAGUAUUGAAGAUGAAACUGCACAAGGUGGGACUAAAGUCACAGUUCCUGGACACCAUCACACUGCCAUGGUCCCUGCUUCUUCCUCACAUGUGGUCACUUCAGCUGUAUCCACUCCAGCCAUUGCCAUAGUGCAGCAACAGCAGCAGCAACCACAACAGCCUCAACCUUCUCAGUCUCACAAAACACCUCUUCCUGGAUCCCCUCCCACAGUUGUUCAUUCUGGAGCGGCCUUGGGUCCCACAAAUACUCAACUUGUAGGAGCUCCACUACCAUGCACUACUUUCUUACCCCGUCCAGAUCGCAGGUUAGCGGUUGUGGACCGGUGGAGACUACCCAAAACCGCUAAUGCCACAACCUCCAUGGGUGUGAGAGGAUGUCUAACAGAAACAGGACCCCUACCCCAAAAGGUGGCACCUUCCUGGGCAAGUGGUGGAGGUACAGCGAGUGGUCUAGAUGGAUAUAAGCGCUACUAUGGACCUAUUGAUCCAGAGGGACUUGGGCCAUGUGUGGACCAACAAACAGGCUCUCAAACUCCAAAAACAGUCCCCAGAGCCCACCAACAACCCCCACCAACCAGUGUGGCUUUCUACCAGGAGAAGAGCAUGGACCAUGGUAUGGGAAAGAAGGUGGGAGUGGGUACUGGUGCAGGGGGUCAGGGUAGAGGGGUUAAAUCUCUGGGGACUCCCAGGCUUCCUCCAAAAAGCCAGGCCCCAGCCUCACUGACUCCUAACCCCCCACUCCAGCACCCCUCUCCCCCUCUCCCUUCAUCCUUUUGGAGGAAACGGCGACCAAAAAAGCCCAAAGAACCUGGUGGCCCUUUGUACGAGAACAUCCUGCCACUAGUCCGGAGAGGUGGAGGCAGGGGUGCGAGUCGAAGACCGAGACCCUCUCCCCCUCUCCCCAUCCCUGUUCCUGUCACACUAUCCCCAAGCUACACUCCUCCAUCCCCCUCUCCCUCAUUCCCCUACACCUCCACAUCAUCCUCAUCAUCCACCACCAGCUCCUCAACCACAUCUUCUGCCACAUCCUCACGCUCCACGUCUCCUUCAUCCACUUCCACAGCUUCAUCUCGCAGCACCCAAGACAGAGAGGCUGAGGAAGAAGAUGAGGAUGAUUUGGAUGAACUGACCGAAGAGUCUAGUCUUCUGCAGGGCCACAACAGAACCAGGGACCGAGAGCGGUCCAUACUUUCCCCUAGAUCUUUCACUCAUGGACCUCCCCCUCCUAUACCCCCACGCAAACCGUGGGGCACCUUUGGAGAUAGGGAGCAUAAGAAGGACAGAGAAAGAGAAAGGGGUGGCAGUCAACUAGCACAACUCCAGGAAUGGUGGGCAGGAUGGGCAGAGAGAGAGAGGGACAGGGAGAGAAGUAGUGGAGCCCAGGGAGAUACAGAAAGGAAAAGAGAGAAGAAACAUAGGAAAGACAGAGAAAAGGAGAAAAAGAAAAAGAAGAAAAACAAAAAACGAAAAAAGAGGGAGGAGCGUGAAAGAGAAAGAGAAAGAGAGAGGAAGCGCCACAAGGUGAAAAAGAAGAAAAAGAAGGCAAUGAAAACCAAAAAGAAGAAGAAGGUGUCAUCCAGCAAGCGGUCUGAGCCAGAGGAGGGUGAUGUUGAGGCAGAGAGAGAUGGAGAGGGGGAUGGGGAUAGAGAAGGAGAGUACACAUCAUUUUCCACUCAAUAUCGCAGUGCUUUUGUGGACAAAGGCAGCCUUUCAGCUUGGGAGGGAGAGAGAGAAAGAGGGAGGAGAGAUGGAGGUGAGGACGAUGGGGAAGAACGAGAGAAUGAGAGUGGGGGAGGUAGAGGUAGACAGAGAAGACCCAAAAGCUCCCAUUCGCGACACCAGCAAUCCAGUAAACGCUAUCCCAACCUCAACAAACUCCCCUCUUCGGUUAAAUUCUGGGUCAGUGGAGGUGAAGCAGUUGGCACAGAGGUCUCCGGACCCUCCCCUCCCUCCUCUUUACAUACACUCCUCUCCUCAUCCAAGAGACGGAGGAGUAGUGGGGUAGAGAGAGAGGUAAAAGGGAGAGUAGGAGAACGCAGGCCACUGCUUCUCCACUAUGAAAGGGGGCGAGUUAACACAAGAGAAGGCCUGUCCUUCCAUGAGUGGGACUCUGAGGAUGAGGAGGAAGAAGAGGAAAGAGAGAGAGAACGAGAAAGGGAGAGAAUAGAGGAGAGAGUGCGGCAGGCAGGAAGAGGUGCAGUAUCCGAAUCUGAGCGGGAUAGAAUAAGAGCAGAGGAAAGCUUUUCUGAUGAGGGGUCCUCAGGAGAGUUUGGCCGUUUUGAAAGAUACUGGGAAGGAACUGGAGCGGGUGGAGCUAGUGGAAUUGGAGGUGGGGGCUGGUUUUUUGGAACAUACCCUGCUCGAGAGAAAGGUGGAAGUGUCAACAGUAGAGAUGACUCUAUUUUGGGUCGGGCUGAAGGAUGGGGUAUGGCAGGUGAUUUUUGGGGUUCGGGUCCAGGAAUCGGAUGGGGAUCUGGAAGAGGCAGUGGAGGGCUGGGUUCACAGUGGCCCGCCCCUCCCACUUCCUUGCCACCCCCGCGACGCUAUUGGUCUGUCGACAAACUGCAGAUGAAGUGUGAGAAGCGAAGUGGCAGUGGGUCAAAGAGUAAAGGUCAGAGGUCUGGGGAUAGAAUGCCAGAUGGAGGAUCAUGUACUUGUACACAGUAUGGGCAUGGUAGGCCCCACAUACACCACAAACAGAGCAGCACUCAAUCUCACAGCCAGGAUGAUCUGCUUCCCCACUGCCACAGCUUCAGUGGAAGCUCUCGGCCCAAACCACCCCCUAAACCUGACAAAUCCAAAUCCGGAAGUCAGUCCAACCUAAGCUCCCAACAAGCCCAGCUCUCAGAACACAUACCCCAGACAUCACCCUCCCCACCUCAGCCACUUCUUCCCUCAUUACCUGUACCUUCUGCUCCCAACUCCCUUCCCAUACCCAUUCCUCCACCUCCAUCCUCUGCAUCCAUGUCCCCUCCACCUGUGCUCUCUCCUGGGGCUGCUUCCAGCUCCUCCCAGGCAGCCACCGCCAGUGCUAAACUUCAGUACCAGAGACUUCGGUCUGUGCCCCAGCCCAGGCGAUUCUACUCCCCACACCUGCCUCUCAAAGCCAAAAGCUUGUGCUCACGUCGUGGUUCUGCCCAUUUCUCCAGCCUAGAGAGUGAGGUAUGACACGGGGCUUCAUUGCUGCGCGUGUGUGUAAGCUCUACUGUGCAGCGCAGCUGGAGUGUGAUGCACAUACAUGCGCCGCACCAAGAUGAGAAAAACAUCCACGACAGUGACCAGAGCAGCAAAGAAACAACAGUCAACGCAGGGAAUGGCUCACCAAAUUCCGCCACGGUCACAAUGGAUACUCCAGCCGUUCUCCAUCUUCGGUCUGAGCUAAGUAUUACGAUGUCCUCUGUGGUCCUCUCCUCCAAUGAGAACAGUGGAUAGCAAAUGUCUGGAAUUUUUCUGUAAGUAAUGAUGUCAUGUUUACACAUAAACACUCCCUCAAACAAGGAAAAUACAUUUUUGCUUUGUCCACAUACAACAUGGGACGACAGACUCAAAAACUGCUUGGGUUCAAACUGGCUAUUCAGUUUAUUUACAGAUGACACAGAAUUAAUCUAUAUUCAAUCUGAAUGCAGUCUUGGAGAGGCUCAGAUGAUCAGCAUCAUCCCACUGACUGAAAAAGUGUCUCCAUGGCAACCUGAUGCACAUAGAUACAGAAAUGCCCUUUUCUUUCUUUUUUUUCUGGACACUUGCAACAUUGAUGUUAUGCCAUCAGUACCCUUUGGCUUCCAAUUCAAGGUCAUGCUGGAAAUGUAUUAAUUGAAAUUUGAACUCAGAGUAAACAAAAGGAAACUAUGUCACUCUUUCUGUAUUUCUGAUUCCAAGCUAAUCAGAACUAACAUGGAGCCAUUUCACUCAUCAAAACUUUUGUUGUCCUAUGAAAACUCCAAUGCCAUGGUGUCACUUUGACAUCAAAUAGAGAUGACGUUUUGUUCUAAAGAGACAUACUUCAAAAGAAAAACAAUAAGAACACAAACAAAACAAACAUGUAGCAAUUUUUCCUGUAUAAUGUUUUCCCUUCAGGUUUCCUUUUGUUUUAUGCUAUUUAUUGCUCUCACUGUGGUUGUAUUUUAACAAAAGGGUAAACCAGCUGUGUCUGAUGUUAAAUAGUGGGACUAUAGCUGCGAAGAGUAUUUUUACUAAGUUAUUUAUUUAUUUUGAUAGCAGAAUUUUUUAAUUGUCACCACUAGAUCCACGGCACUGCCCAAUAAGAUGGUCCUUUCUUUGCAUACAAGCAAUACUUGUCUUUCAUCAAACGAUGAUGGGUUGCAAUAUUUAUGAUUGGCACUAGAUGGCUACAUAAUAUUUAAAAAAAAAACUGUACGUUAACAAUUAUAAAUGGUGGACCAUGAGUGGAUCCUGCAUGUUGUUUUGCUCCUUAAUCAUCAUGCUUUAGAACUGGAACAGACAGCUUGCAGUGUUUCUGGGAUGGUAAAGGGCAUUUGUUUAGAAGAGUUGAGGCUAUCAUUGUCACUGAUUGUGCAUUUUCAAGUCAAGCCUACUUCCAGUGCAGAGUUGCAUGUAAUAAAGCACAAGUUGCUGACUCUUGUCAGUGCAAACGUUAGCAUAUAGUAAUGAGGGGUCAAGGAAAAAAUACAAUACUUAUAGAUUUGUAGCCAAAAGCAACCUACACCAUAUAUUUUGGCAAAAGAAUUGAUGUCAGUCAUACAGACAUUCAGUUUCUGAAUACCUAUUUGACGUCAGGCACCGCUUAUUUGCCCAUGUUGUAGUUGAAUGUAGCUUUGAAAUGAUUUAGCAAAAAUUUGAUAUUCAGUAGAUUUUGUAGCGUUCUGGGUGCAGUUACACAUCACAAGAAGUGACAGUUACACUUUUAUUAUGGGGGCAUAGAGGGAUUGUACAUGUUGUCACAGAUCAACAGAUUAAUUUGCCCUUUAUUUGAUACACCUGUUCAUUUGGAAAUAAGUGAUGUUUGUCUCCCUUUCAUGUCUUGUUUAAACAAGAGCACCUGGAGAAGGUUUGUCAUAAUUUGCAAUGAAAUUUAGGGCUUUUCCACUUUUUAAAGACCCCCAUGUCAUCAAGUCAAGAAAUAACAAGCUCAGGUAUUGAAUUGCGUGUUGUGUAAACCAAAUCACACACAGCCGCUUAAUCCCCUCAGUCAGCAUUUCUUCCAGUGCCGAGAAUUGUGUGUGUCAGCGGAAAGUCCACCACAGCCGGCAUGGAAGCGCAGUGGGGGGCAAGGAGAUGGAUGUAGAAUGAUUGAAUUAAUAAAGUGUGCCAUGAGUACACUUGAUCUGUCAUUGACCCUUACUGAGGAAGAAGGCGCUAACACAAUAUUCUGUGACUGCAUGUACAGAAUGGAUUUAUAAUUCUCAUGUAGCUUUUUCUUGAGGACAAAAAGAAAUAUUAUCGCUAUAUUAUGUUUUCGAGAAUGUAUCAUGUUAUACUGUGAAUUGACUUAGAUAUUUUAUUGCCCAUUGUAUUCAGUUUUCAUUGCCAUCAUAUCAUUUAUCUAUACAAAUAUAAUGAAUAUAUAUAAUGAGUUAAAUUUGAUAUACUUGGAGGAAUUGGUAGAUAUAGUUUUAAAUGUUUUAGCUUUGUAGCAAUUCUAGACUCUGGAGACAUUUUUGAAUUUUGAUUCCUCCUAUAUGACUGUGAAAACAUUAGUGCCUGUGAAGAAAAAACAAGAAACAUUAUAAUGUCCUUUCAUACAUCUAUCCUUCUGUCCAUCUUUUCAUCUGUUCUCAUUAUAGCAAAUCUUCACAAUUACUCUAAUACUACCUAAAUAGCUUUCAGAUCAUUUUUGUUUUAUGCCUUUUGCCCAUGUUGAGUUGUGUCCUUAUCACUGUCUGUCCUUUUGACAUUCAGUUAGUAUUCCAUCAUUCUGACCAUCCAUUCAUCCAUUUAGCCAUCCAUCAGUCCAUCAGUCUAACUGCUGAUUUCUUCUUAUUCUGUAGUUUUCUCAUGAUCUUUUUCAACAGUACCACUGAUUACGCAACUUAAACAGAAUGUACCUCUGGCAUAUUUGGGGUUUUUAUUUAUUUAUUUUAUUUUUUUAUCUCUCUGUUCAUCCCGCUGUAUGUUCUCUCAGUUAGCAAAAAAAAAACAAAAAAUACAGAGACCAGUAGCUACUGUGUUCCUGCUCCUAUCAAUUGAUUAUUGAAGAUAAUGAUCGAUUUAAGUUCUGAUGUAAUUGAUAAAUGACUGAAAAUGUGACUGAAAAGGUGUUGUACCUGAUGACCAUUACACUGUAGUGAGAGUCUGGGCAGUACUGUUACUGUGCUGACUAGAUGCAUGAUGGGUAAUGUGUGUAACUGCAAAAUAAUGUUGGUGUACUGACUAAUGUUGGUUAGGAGGUACAUAACGUAGGCAAUAGAUCUGUCAUCCCAUCGCCAAACAAACAAUCACCAAAGGCUUUAUCCCCUCCCCUCCUCUGUUUAGACUGAUUGUGAAAUAGUCAAAGUACAGGGUUGGACAUUGUUGCUAGAAUUGUCAGUUGAGGUCAAUAUUUGGCUGGGAAAUUAAAGUCACAUAUUGUGUUAAGGGCUGGUCAGCUGCUAUUUUAGAUUCAUUGUGACUGCUUUAUUCUAUCAGUACAUGGGAGAGAAACCUAGUUUUCUUUUCAACACUGAUGCAUAACGUGUGUGCAUAUCAUUUGCUAUCAGUAAUUCUUGGUUUUACCGUUUAUUUUAAUGGGAUCUGUUCCCAAAAUUCACAAAUGACAUCUUUUAGAAAAACAUGAUGCACACCUGAUACAUCUCGUAUGUUAAUUUACACUGCUGUUAAAGUUUGGAGUCAAUGAGUUUUUCUUUUCUUUCUUUUAUUCAUUAUUGAUCAAAAGUGACAUUAACGGCAUUUACUGUAUAAUGUUACACAAGUCUAUUUCAGAGAAAUGCUGCUCCUUUGAACUUUCAUCAGAGGCUCUUAGAGAAUAUUAAUCUGCACAACUGUUAUCAGUAUUACGCAAAUAUUAUUUCCUGAGUACCAAAUCAGCAUAUUAGAAUGAUUUAUGAUGUGACACUGAAGACUGAAGCAAUGACUUCUAAAAAUUACAUUUUACAAUAGAAAACAGAUAUUUUAAACUGUUAUAAUAUUUCAGAUAUUACUUUCUUUUUUUCUUUUUUUUACUGUAUUUUUGUUUAGAUGAAUGCAGCCUUGGUUGAUAGUGGGAUGUUAAAAAACAAACUAUUAAAAAAUGUUACUGACCCUAAACUUUUGAACAGUAUUAUAUUAAAUGAUAAUCUUUUAGCUACCAAUAAGUUUUUAGAACCUUUAAAAUCAGUCCUCAUGUUCCAUUUGGACUUGCCAAUGAGUGAUGUAAUGAAUGUUCUGUUCUUAGUGAGUGAACGAGAGAGAAAAGAGAGACAGAUGAUAUGCAGGGUUGUACUGCAUUGUAAGUGUUUCAUUAUUUAUGUGGUGAUUGUGCAUGUGAGAGAGAGAGUAGGGUGCGCAUGCAUUAUAAAUACACUGACACAAAGUCUCUAUCUGUCUCUCUUUUUCCUUCGUGCCUCUCUAUCUGAUUAUUCAGCUGUUUCCUCUCACUCCUUGUGCUGCUAUAAUGCAUAAUUGACUCACUCAGGACAGACACAUACACACACACACACACACACACACACAUGCUGCAGCUUCGUGGAUACCAGAAAUCCUGCAGGUGUUCUAGAAAUUUAUCUUGCUCUCUCCCCCUUAGAGUAGCUCCAGGUAGCUGUUGGCACCAUGAUGUGAAGUAUUACUUGACACGCAGCUCGACAGAUAAAGUGCAGCUCUUCCCUCGUGAUCAGUGUGUGUGUGUGUGUGCAUGUACAUGUGUGAAAGCAGGUCAGCCCCUGUGAUAGACCACUACAUUUUUUACUUAGCCCACUCUUAUUUCACAAGCUGCUGCGGUACACCAACAAUAAUGUCUGAGAUUUAAGGCUGGAAAUCCAUUCUAGUGUUGCUUUCUCACGCUGUGAAUAUGUUUUUUGCAUUUUUAUGUAGUUAGACCCAUAUUUAAAAUUUGUCCUCCAUGUCACAUCACAGUCAUAAUCAUAUAAUCCCAACUCCUCUUCAAAAUGCAUAAGGAAAGGAAAUAAAUAAAUACUGCUUCACUUUGUCUUAACAGCUAAGAAUUAUUUUGUUGUUUUUUUUUUCUUUCAGAGCAUUUUUUAUUAUUAUUAUUUAUUAAUAAUACACAUUUUGGAUAUUUUUAUUUUUUAGCUUUCUCACUAUUUUUUUAUAUGGAAUGAUGUGGAAUUGUGUAAACUGCACUGUAACUAAAGGCAAUGUGAGUGUGCAUGUGUGCGAUGGAAAUCAGUGGAGGAUGUUUAUUGCCUUUGUACUGUACAGUCCAGACAGAAUUCAGCCACCAAUCAGAGUUUGUUUGGUUAUGACAUCAUAUCUGGGGAAGGGGUUUGAAGGGGUCAGUGUUAAGAAUUGGUUCAUAAAGAAUACUCUCUUUAAAAUA